GCUUUGCAUUGGCAAUUGAGUGAGUGUCAGAAAUGCAGGCGUGCAAUUUUCUUAGCCGAGUUGUUAACUCUACGAAGCCGAACGUGCGGUCUUUUUCCAGAACCCUUGGAGCUAUGGUUAAGGUUGGAGAUAAAGUCCCGUCUGUGGACCUCUUUGAGGACUCCCCAGCGAAUAAGAUAAACACCGGCGAGCUAACAACUGGCAAGAAAGUGAUCUUUUUCGGUGUGCCCGGUGCUUUUACACCUGGCUGUUCGAAAACUCAUUUGCCGGGCUACAUAAGUGGAGCAGACUCUCUUAAAGCCGAACAGGGUGUGGAUGAAAUUGUUUGCGUCUCCGUCAACGAUCCGUUUGUGAUGUCCGCCUGGGGCAAGGAGCACGGAGCAGCUGGCAAAGUACGAAUGCUAGCGGAUCCUGCUGGACUCUUUGCGUCUGCAUUGGAUGUGAAUAUCGAUCUUCCUCCAUUGGGUGGUGUACGAUCCAAGCGUUACUCCAUGGUCGUGGAAAACGGCGAGGUUAAAGAGUUAAACAUCGAACCCGAUGGUACUGGCCUCAGCUGCUCGCUGGCCAACAACAUUGGUAAGAAGUAAAAAUGAAUCACACAGUAAUAAUAGUGCCGAAAUAUCAUGUUUUCAAUUACUAAACAGCUAUGUAGGGAUUAAAUAAAAAUGCAAUUAGAUGAA